AUGGCAGAAGCUGUUAUAAGACACUGGGUGGAAACUCCCAUACGCUAUCAAGAGCAGUUUGACAUCCAAGAGCUGGAAGCACACAAACUGGACCACUCUUUGUACGCUUUGCCGGGCCCUUCUACGGCUGCCCUGAGCAGCAGAAGGUGUAUUGCAGAAAGUACAGCUGGGGCUGGGAAGAGUGGCCAGGAGGAGGAAAACACAUGCUUUCAGGUCUUGCUGGACGUUGUGCAGUUCCGCCCUGAAGAUAUCAUUAUUCAGACUUUUGAAGGCUGGCUCCUGAUCAAAGCUCAGCACGGACCCAGGAUGGACGAACAUGGUUUCAUAUCCAGGAGCUUUACCAGACAAUACAAAUUACCUAACGGAGUGGAGAACAAAGAUUUGUCUGCGCUUUUCUGCCAUGAUGGCAUUUUGGUUGUUGAAAUGAAGAACUCAGUGGGAAAGAAUUAG